GGGCUCGAGGGAAAGGGGGGGGAGGGACCCCGCUAUGUCGUUCCGCGUGAGCUGCCCCCCCCUCCCCGGGCCGACUUGCGGAGGUGGACAAAGGACACCUCCACCCCGACCUCCGUGUCGCGUCCGACCGCAGGACGCCCCGGGGGGCCCGCGAGCGGCGGUGCCGGCGGCGGUGCGGGACGUGCUGCUGGAGUUUGACGAGAGAUUCGCGGCUCUGGCCGGGGACUCGUUUGUUCGUUACGACUAUCGGAGUCCGCUCGACCUCGCGGGGGGGGCACGAGGAGGAGGAGGAGGGGGGGCCGGCUCCUACUCGUCCUCUCCGCCGCUGGACGAGCACGGCUUCUCGCUGGUGCUGCUGGACCCGCCGUACCUCUCGGCCGAGUGUCUGGAGAAGGUGGCGGUGACCGCACGCUUCCUGGCCAGGGACAAGAUCGUGCUGUGCACAGGAGCGGUGAUGGGCGACGUGGCGUCCCGCGAACUGGGCGUGCGCCCCUGCCGCUUCGUGCCGCGGCACCAGCACAGCCUCGCCAACGAGUUCCGCUGCUUCUCCAACUACCCGCUGGCGCUCGACGGCCACGCGGGAGGGCCCGGCGGCCACGCGGCCACGAGCAUACCGCCACACUGAGGAGGGAGCCAGGCUCUUGCGCUGCUGCCUGGGUUCCAGCCGGGGGACUGGGACCCCGAGGCGCUGCAGCAGUGGGCGCCCGCCCUGGGCGCCAUGCUCAUGCUCGUCGCCGUCCUGCUCGCUUGCGUGGCAGCUGGGGCUGUUGGGAGCCCGACAGACGAGUAGCAGAGACCCGGGCACACCACCCCGACCCCUGGGUUUGCAUCCCGGGCUCCAGCCGCCCAACCACAGCGAUCACAGCGGGUUCUCACAAAGUUCAUGGCGUCACCAGCGACUCGCACCAGAGACCCCCACGGACUCCUCGAGCGGAGAGCCCCGGAUCAACGCCGGGGACCCAGGGACUCGCGUGGAGAUCCACGGACUCCUCACACACCGAGUGGAACUGGGCCGUGCUUGGACCACGUUGUCGCGUGUAGGGAGACCCCAUGUCUCAGCCCCGCUGCCGACGGCUGUACAACAAGAAAACCCAUCGCUGCGUCAUCAAUAAAGUGUGCUUCUUUCUUAA